AUGGUAUAUAGAUACAAAUGACAAAUUUUAUGAAGAUUUUUUAUUACCUUUGAUAUUUUUUGAGGGUUAUACUCAAACAUUUCAACAUCUUGCUGAAGUGUUAAAUAAUGUUGGUCGAUCUACUAUUAUUAGAAAAAGUGAAGAUUUUAAUGUUUCACCAUAUGAUUAA